AUUUCUUAGCAAACGUCACAUGCCAUGCCUGGUUUAGGUUUGUUCUUGGCAAUUUCUUGAGCUGGUGAGCAUGACCCAUGUUUUAUAUUUUUUAUAUCAUGUGAAUAUUAUUGCUUCUUUCAAGAUAAAAAACAAUAGUUCAAAUGAAAGAGUGAAGCAACUCUCACUUUCUAAACCAACUGCAAAUCUCACAUGAACGUACCCUUCUUUCAUCCCUCAAUCCCAUUCAACCUGUAUAGUGUGUGUAAAUUUUUCGUGUUCAUGUGUAUGCGUGCUGUCGUUAUUAGUGCCUCACCACAUGAAAAACUCUGCUUGCUUGGAGGGUUCAUUUCUUCGAACAUCUGGGAGCAAUGGGGAAACUCAGUUUUGGCAAGAUGCUUGAUUGUUUAUAUCUGUCUUCAAGCUCUUGUUCUUGUUUCUGCAUGAACACCUUGGAUGACGAGUUUGAGAAAAAACCAUUGGUAACAUCUGAAAAAAACCAGUUGCUGAAAUUGAAAGACGUUGUGUCUGGCAAUCAGACCUUGGCCUUUCAGCUUAAGCCUAAGACGGUGGUACUGAGGGUUUCCAUGCAUUGCCAUGGAUGUGCAAGAAAAGUUGAGAAACACAUUUCAAAGAUGGAUGGAGUGAGCUCGUAUAAAGUAGACCUGGAAAACAAAAGGGUAGUUGUUAUUGGUGAUGUAAUCCCCUUUGAAGUGCUGGAGAGUGUCUCAAAGGUUAAAAACGCAGAGCUUUGGACUUCUGAUCCUUGUUGACGGAAGAAAAACUUGUAAACGGAGAAAGGAUUUAUAUAACAUAUAGCACCAUAUAUAUAUUUGAUACAUAUGCCAAAGUUUUUGUUGGCCUGGCAUGUGUAGAGGAGAGUAAAAGGAAGAACCCUAGGCCAUUCUCUGUCAGGUUCGAUACGUAUCUCGAUACGAACAUAAAUAUAAAAAUAUGAUGUUCCAAAUAUGUACGAGUGCCUUUCAAGAAAAAUGUACGAGUGUAUUUGUGUCAUAUACUCGAUCAAGAUUGUGUAAGCUCAUGCAGGUUCUGGUUUGCAGAUGUAUUAUGCUAGUAGCAAAAACAAUGUCUGUAACUGUUACUAUAUUUUUUUGUAGUUGUAUCCUGUGUACUUCGA